AUGGUACAGGGACAAGAUGAAGAACCAACAGAGACGGACCGGGGACCACCCAGGCCCCUAUAUCACCCAGAGCCCAUCGAAGAGAACUACGUACCGGGAACAUUCCAGUCUGACAUGCGGCUGACAUUUCCACAAGUGAACGAUUUGUAUGUGAGUGUCUCGGAACAGAUGAACGGAACGCAAAAGCGACGAGCAGUAAGCAGUACCAAAUGGCUGCGUGGUAUUAUACCCUACGAGAUUGAUGACAACUUUGGCCAGGAAAUCCGUACCACUAUCCAGCAAGCGAUGGACUUGUGGGAAGAGAACACGUGUAUCACAUUCCGAGAGUAUACUCCAGAAGUCGCAGAGGAACUGGGAACUGAACAUCGUGUCCUUUUCGAGAAGGCGAGUGCGGGAUGCGUGUCUUGGGUCGGCAUGAUUAACCAUUUUCCCCAGACUAUUUCGCUGUCAGAAGAGCGAUGCAAUUAUAUGGGAACAAUCGCACAUGAGAUCGGCCAUGCUGUGGGUUGGCACCACGAACAAGGAAGGCCAGACAGGGACGGGUACGUGACGGUCCUAUACGAUAAUAUCAAGGCGGGGUUUGCAUCAAACUUCAAGACCUAUGAAGUUGAGACGUACGGUGUCCCUUACGACAUUGAAUCGAUAAUGCAUUAUGGAUCAGAGUAUUUCUCUAAAGGCAGUGGACUGCUGACGAUUGAGCCCAAGAACCCACUGGAUCUGUUCAAGAUGGGAAACCGGGAAGAUUUUACAUUUUACGAUCGGAAGAUCGCCAAUGUAAUGUAUGAGUGUUCCAGUGAGUGUGAUCCGCUUUUACAGUGUGAAAACGAAGGAUAUGUUGGGAAAGAUUGUAAAUGUUACUGCAAACCAGACUACAGCGGAACGUACUGUGAGAUUUACAUGCAAGGCAGCGAUAACGCAGAAUGCAUGAGCGAACUAUCAGCUGAUGAAGACGUGAAGACCAUCAUGUCACCAGGAUAUCCCACUGCCUACGAUAGUUUAAUGACAUGUGCCUGGUUAAUACAGGGUCCACCCAACACGACGCUUAGCCUUGUUUUCACCGAUUUUGAAGUAGAGAUAAGCUCACGUGACAUUUGCUUCGACUACGUUCAAGUGCGCAGUGAUUCCUACAUCUACACUGGUGGAAAAGAGUUUGGAUAUGCGAUUUAUAUUUCUAGCUAUUGUGGAAACGAACCGCCCCCGCCAAUUGUGUCCACUGGAAAUCAAAUCCUCGUGAUUCUCUACACCGACUCGUGGGGGGAACGUAAAGGAUUCCGAGCUGAUUACUUCAUCAACCCUGAGAGUGACGUUACUACCCUGCCCAUGGCCUCAACAGUGGUGUCAACCACGGCCCACACCACAGCCCAAACCACGGGCCAAACAACAGUCCAAACAACAGCCCAAACAACAGCUCAAACCACGGACCAAACUACAGCCAUCACCACGGCCCAAACCACAGCCGUAAUCAUGUCACAAACCACAGCCCAAACCACAGCCCAUACCACAGCCAAAACCACAGCUGCAACCGCGACACAAAUCACAGCCGUACCCACGGCUCAAACCACAGUCCAAACCUCAGCUCAAACCACGACCCAAACCAUAGCCGUAACCACGGCCCAAACUACACACCAAACCACACCCCAAACCUCAGCUCAAACCACGGCCAAAACCACAGUCGUAACCACGGCCCAAACUACAGCCCAAACCUCAGCUCAAACCGCAGCCAAAACCUCCGCCCAAACAACCUUCCGAAUCACGGCCUCAGCAUCGAUCCCUAUCUUGGCAUCAACCACCACUGUGACAACACACCCCCCGACUUCCAUCAAGCCAACGGCGAAGUGCGAAGCGGCUGAAGGAACAUGCGGCGGGCAAUUCACUGGUUCCGGCUGCAUAGCAUCGCCGAACUAUGGACACGGCGUGUACAAUAACAACGAGGAAUGUGUUUAUCAUAUUCAGGUUGAUGCUGGUAAACGAGUUCGGUUGACAGUAGAACACCUUGAUAUCGAAUAUGAGGAGACUUGCACGUGGGACAGAUUGGUAGUUAUUCCUGGGGACACGCUUGGCUCACUGAGGACUUGCGGUUCGGAGCUCCCUUUUGGGACUUUUGUGUCCCUUGACAACACCAUGACGGUGAAGAUGAUCAGCGAUGGAUUUGUGGCUAAAGGCGGAUUUGCAGCAAGCUUCCAGGGGAUUACCGUGGAUUAGAAGGAUUAAUUAAGAGCAAAAUGCCAGUACAUUGCUGCCUAAAAGCCUCAUCAAACUACUCAUUGUUAUCUAUCAUCUGCAACAUACAGGAGGCUUCUUAAUUUAGGGUGACAGUGAAUUAGUAUCUAUAUUUUAUUUAUGAGUUGGCUUACCAGUAAAAGAUUGGUGGUAUGUUUUCUUUUCUUUUCCACUUACAUUAAGACCUCAAUGAAGACAUAACAUUUAGAAACUUUGCAAUCCUAAAUGAUUUUAAAUAUUUAUGAUGCUUUAAUAAAGAUUUUAUCGGGAAUAUUAAGCUGAAGAGACAAAUAUACGGCAAUAUAUUUUUAUUUCGAGCAUUCUAAAUAAGUAAGGAAAAAUAAUAAGUAAACCUGUUCUACCUGUCUUGAGCUGUCUUGAUCCGGUCCACGUUAUUGUACGGGUUCUAUUGAUGUUUCAGAAGAGAAAGAGUAUCUACCACGUUUAAGGAGAAAACCCUAAUUGUAAAAGCGAAUUCAAGGCAGACAACGGACUAGAGGAUUGGUUGAAAAUAGAUGAAGCCCAUCUCUAGCAAUAAUCAUCCCAAACAGUAAACAUAAUUCAUUUCUCAAUUGUAAUCGUGGACAAAACAGUUCUAUGGUUAUUUUUCAAUACAUUGUACGCCUUAAAAGAUACCUGUAAUCAGUUAGUUAUGUCAUGUGCUCUUAUACACCUGUUCCUAAUACCAAUCGACAGACUCUGCUGCUUCCAACACAUAUAUUUCUUCGGGCCUAUUAAGUUUGUAGAAUCUGUGGAGCCCAUUAAAC